AUGGAGGACGACAACAAUACUAAUAACACCACAACAAACAACACAAACGUGAUCGCACCUUUCGUUGUGAAGACAUAUCAGAUGGUCAACGAUCCUUCUACCGAUUGGCUCAUCACUUGGGGUCCUGCUCACAACAGCUUCAUCGUCGUUGACCCUCUCGACUUCUCUCAACGCAUCUUGCCUGCUUAUUUCAAACACAACAAUUUCAGCAGCUUCGUUCGUCAGCUCAACACUUAUGGGUUUCGCAAAGUGGAUCCGGAUCGGUGGGAGUUCGCGAACGAGCAUUUCUUGAGAGGGCAGAAGCACCUGCUCAAGAACAUAGCGCGUAGGAAACACGCGCGUGGGAUGAUGUACGGUCAGGAUUUGGAGGACUGCGAGAUCGUGAGGGAGAUCGAGCGGUUGAAAGAGGAGCAGAGGGAGCUCGAGCUGGAGAUUCAGAGGAUGAACCAGAGGAUCGAGGCGACGGAGAAGAGACCGGAGCAGAUGAUGGCGUUUCUCUACAAGGUCGUCGAGGAUCCCGAUCUCCUCCCGAGGAUGAUGCUCGAGAAAGAGAGGAAGAAGCAAGUCUCGGACAAGAAGAAGCGUCGCGUCACGGUUUCGACGGCGGUGAAGUCAGAGGAAGGAGAGGAAGAUGACGGGAACGGGAAGGUGUUCUGUGUGAUAUCGCCGUCGCCUUCUCCUCCGGAGAAUAUGUACCGGACUCAGUCGCCCGAGAAUUUGUUGGGAUGGGCUGUUCCGAUGCAGAGGCCAGGGCAUUUUGUGACUUACAACGAGUCCGGUCUUGUGGGGAACUCUAUGAUCUCUACUUCUUCUUCUUCGACGUCAUCGUCGUUGACGUCGUGUUUGUCGUUGCCGGAGAGCGUGAACGGAGGCGGAGGAUGCGGGAGUAUUCAGGGAGAAACAACAAGGUUCAACGAAACGGCGGCGUUUGGAGGAGUGGUAGAGUCAAAUCCAGCAACACCACCUUAUCCGUUUUCUUUGUUUCGAGGUGGCUUUUAG